UUGAAGCCGUGGCGAACCUCGUGGUUGCAGUCCCUAAGGUAUCACCGUAUGAUCCAUUUUUUAGAAGUGUUAUGCAGCUGUGAGCUCCACAGACAUAGUACAGCUUGUUCUUGUUUCAUGAUUUUUUGCAUCUAGUAGUGUCUGACUAGGGUAGAAGGUAUCAAAGGAAGUGUAUGAGUUUUUUGUUUGUGUUUUAUUGAAUAUUUUAUUCGAGAAUCCACGACUUCAUCUCGUCACGAACGAACUACAAGCACUAAAUAAGUAGUGCUUACUUUUGUUUUCUCGAGCUCGACCUUGACUACUUAAAGUAAAUAUGUAUGAAGCCUCCAGCGACUCCUAUAGCCGAGGCAGCCCAUCCGAUCCUACCCCAUCCCAUUCGUACCAUGUACAUGGCUACUGUUAUUGUGAAAAUACACAACCACUGAGAUUGCUGCUCGAUAUGUGCGCAAGCAAAUGGAGUUCUCUGUGAAAACAACGGUUUGCCUGGUUUCUGGAAACGCCAAGAAAGACCAAGUAGGAGAGUUUGCAACCGAACUUGCUGCUCAUGACGCGUUUUCUACUGUUGCUGGAGCAAUCGCAUUUGUCUCGGGUGGGGUCCAUGGAGCAGAAGAGACGGAAACGGCCCUGCACAAGACUCUGGGGAGCGGUGCACAUCGAUACCAUCUGGCAGGGGCGCUCGGCUCGGCGGUCCCGACUGGUAGUACUGCACUGAGUCUGAAUCUUGGGCAAAAUUUUGGAACAAAGGAGACACUGAGGGAUGGGACGGAGGUAGCGUCACGAGAGGAGAAAGACAUCAAAAGUGCAAUCCUCGGAGAGCUUUGCG